CUGAUGUUGUAAAACAAAGCCAAGGAAAAUUCUAGGUUUUAGCACACCUGCCUGCCUCCCUUAGUCAUAUCUCACAAUCCGCCCUGUGUGUGAGGAAGUAACUGAAAGACAGAAAGAAGACAGAAAGCAACAAUAUGAAGAGAUAUGACCCGGGAGACUCCACUCUCAAAUUUGUCAACAGACAGGAUGAUUUAGAUCCCCUGGAUGAUGACCUUGUGUCUCUAAGGGCGGAGAUGUCCUGUGGUCACGCAGUCACCCCACAGUCCCUGACUGGAUGGUGCCGCAGCCUACUGGACCAGGGUCAGUACAAGUUCAUGUGUCCUGCACUUAAGAAUGGCACUUUGCAAAAGUGUGAUGCUGAGUGGUCUUACCAGGAGGUACGUAGACUGGCUGCGCUCACCAUCGAAGAGAUGCAGCACUUUGAGAAGACCAUGGCCGCCUUGGCUGCUGCCAUAUACUGUGAAUACAAAUCAUGCCCUGCCUGCAAAACCUUUGUAGAGAGACAGGAACUCUCCAACCUCAGUGUCCUCUGCACAGUGUGCACUGCAGACAAAGGUCAGAGGUAUGAGUUCUGCUGGCAGUGCCUGAAGCAGUGGAAAGGUCCUGCGCCACGCUCUGACCACUGUAACAACGAGGGCUGUAUCAACCAGGACCUGGAACUGCUGAAGAACUGCAAAACCACGUCUCUCCCUCAGGUGGCAGGUGUCACCGACUGCCCCUCCAUUCGCGCCUGUCCCACCUGUGGCCAACGGGUGGAACACGACAAGACUGGUUGUAAGAAUAUUCUCUGUCCAAGGUGCAAUAAAGAGUUCUGCUUUGUGUGCCUUAAGCUCACGGAGGAUUGCUUGGAGACCAGCUCAUAUUUCAUAGCCUGCUCUGCUGGUGUUGCCCCAAGGCAGACCUCUAUACCCACCUGGAAUAGAAACUAAGAGAAGAGAUAACUAUCAUACCAGUCACGGUAGAACGCAUACUGUAGAGUUACUGUAGACUGUUUAUAUUAUGUCAAACACAAUGCU